AUGGCAGCCAGACCUUUGAAGCGCCCUCGUCAGUCAAACGGCCUGCCGCGCCUACCAACCGACAUAGACGACGCCGUCGCGGCCUUGGGCGGGAGAACCCAUGCAACCAACCUCGCGGACAGUACCAUACUGUCUCAGAAGGCACCGACCAGUAAGGAGGAACGUCUAGAAGAACUCGUGAGAUAUUCCGGCCGCCUCAGGCAAGAGCUUGGUUAUUGGAAAGGUGUGGCCCUCACAGGGACCGCCUUCAUGUCCAACGUCGAACAAGCUGUGGUGCGGCUUCGAGAUGUUGUCAGCCGUUCCGAGAGCGUCAUGAAUGAGACAAACGCUGUGUCUGCAGAGGAAAGCAUGGGUGAUGGUCAUCCGUCUGGAUCUGGGCCGAGUAAAGGCGUGAAGGGACAGGCUCUAGACGAGCCAGACUUGCCAGUAGCAGAGGAUGAUCUUGGUGUACUCUUGGCUCCAGUCAGGCGGGGCCGAGAAGGGUAUGAAUUCGAGGCUGUCAAGCCGGAGAUCAAGCGGUCCAGGCCACUAUACAACCCUGGAAGUUGGCUCUGA